CUUCUGCCACCAGAGGUCAGCUACAUUGCAGCAAGCAGCAGAAAUCUGUUUCCAGCUUUCAGACAGAGACGCCAGCCACAGCAACCAGACCUCGCAUUUUGUCACCAUGCUUAUGGCCUUAUUAUAACAACACAAAUCUAGCAAUGUAUUGCUAACACCAACAUUCGGCAGCAACUAAUUGGAUCUCACACUUCCAGUUAAUCUAUCUCUCUCUAUAUAUGUAUGUGACAAAUAAUUUAACUGUCUUUUGAGGCCAACGAAAAGAAUCUCUUCACAAACCAUUCCUAAUCUCUCGGAGAGAGAAAAACCGUUUGAAGCAAACCUUUGUUUCUUAUCUCUGGACACAAUUCGCACUAGCUUCGUCUCUACAUGCUUUUCCCUCCCUUUCUGCAGUGCAGUACAUCCGAACACACUUAACAUAUAAUAUAAAUCCGGAUAACUGUGUUAGUGUGUAUACGUUGGUUGCAUGGAUUUUAAAAGCGCUCCGUUCAAAAAGAAAUCCUCAUAACAAGCAACAAGCAUAAAUAUCAAAUAAUUCACAGAAAGACUGUGUAUUUUUUUAAAUAACGGGCUGGGGUUUUCUUUGAAAAAGAAAAAAAAACCAAAAAAAAACCCGAAAUAACAAAAGAGACAAAAUCUAAACAUUUCAGGAUGGAAUUCUUCGAUUUAAAUAACGAAGAAGUCCAAAUCCUCCGCUCUUACAUCAUAAACUCUCUCCGGAAUAACAGAAUCAAGGUUCCAAAGAAGUCUUGGAGUUCAGUACAUUCUGAGUAUGAUCAUUCAAGUCAGACAUUUGGAAAUUAUCUAACAUAUGUGCCCUUCUAUCCCACUGAUGACUUUGGACUUGUACCAACAUUCCUUUUACGUGCUUUUGAAUACAUUGAGAAGAAUGAAUAUUUCAAAAUGGAAGGCAUUUUCCGACGUUCUGGAUCCCAUCAGAGACAGAAACAAGUGUCGGCUGAUAUUGAAGCUAGCAUGGAUUUCUCCAUAGCAACUUUGUUUGAUAUCACUGAUCUUGUAAAGACUUUCUUCCGUAAGCUGAAGGAACCACUGCUGACCAAUCUCUACCAUGACAGCUUUAUGCAUGUUGUCCAACAUGAUGAUUCCAAAUUUGCUGAUGCUUCCCUUUUACUGCUUUGUUUACUGCUGCCGUAUGAACAUCUCUACACCCUGCGCUUCCUGACUUUAUUUUUGGCAAAAGUUGCCUCUUAUUCAGACUUGAAUGGCAUGACUGCUAAAAACCUAGCAGUAGUACUGACACCAAGCAUAAUUAGCCAGUCUAAGAGCAAAUGUACUGCAAAUGGCAAUAGCGAUCCCCUUAAGGUUGCCAAAUGCCUUGAAUGCGAAAUCAAGGUGUUGGAGAAAUUGAUUAACAUCGCACCUCGUGUUGGUAUCGUACCAAAGAUUUUUCUCGAUGAAGUUCGCCGAGAGAUAGAUCUCAAUAAGAAAAAGGCCAGUUUCACUCAGGAACUAAUCAAGCAUUUACCAUGUAUCUGCUGAAAACACAGAGAUUCUCUAAAAAUCUCUUGUCUAUUUCAGUCAGUUCUUGUGUGAAAGAAACAAAACUGUACAUAUUCACUACGAAUGCCUGGUAAGAAUGAUUCCAAGCACCAUUGAAAGAUAAUUCCAUGACAGUUAGGUUGGACCUAGCACUUUCCAUUUACGAUGGAACUGGUUUUUGAUUUUUUUUUACCUAUAUACAAGGGACCAUUUUCUUGCUGCGCUCAGUUGCAAAAGCAAGAGGCUGCAUCAUGGAUCAGUAUGAGCUGUCACAAGACAAUUCCAGAAAUAAGGGCUUAGAUCAUGGACCAAUAUGAGCUGUGGACAUCACAAUUUGGGAAGUGUUUCAUAUCUAUUUCUGUAUUGUAAUCCAACAAAAAGUUUUCAGAUUUUUAAUGUGUGCAUGUGUUUUAACCAUUCAUUCUUCAAAUCGUUUAAUUUUUACUGAAGCUAUGUUUCAUCCUGGUAUUUCAUAUAAGUCAAGUGUAACCACUUAGUAUAUUCCAGUCUCUUUUCUUCCUCUCAUCACACAUUUACACACAUGUGUACAUACAUCAUGUGUACAUGUAUCAUGCUAAUAUACAUCAUGUAUACAUCGGAUGAACAUGGAAUAGUAAACAGGGUAUCUAGCUCCUACAGUGGUGAGUAUUAAGGAUCUCAGUCACAGUUAAGAGUAAUUGAGUCACCCCUAGUUGUAUUAAAUAUUGUAUUUGUAACCCCUUAAAGGUGCAGUUAGAAUCUCAAACCUCAGUUACAUUCACCAGUGAAAUUAAGACAGACCUCAAUUACAUUAAACAGGUAUUCAGAAACUCAAUCAAUUACAUCCAAUAAUGUUGUGGGUGUUUCAAUUAUACCCAGAACUGUAGUUGGGACCGCAAUCAUUCCUAACAGUGUAUUUAGGAAAUGACUUGCAGAUGAUGGUGGAUUUGGGUGGACCUCAGUUAUACCUAUCAGUAUGGUUGGAAUCUCAGUCACCAUUAACCAGGUCCUUAAUCACCUCCAAUAAUGUAUUUAGGCCCCUGUCACUCUAGUAAUUUACUAGUUGCUCAUUUUUUGUAUGUAUGAUAGACUAAGAUUACUGGAUGCCUACCUUUCCAGAGUAACCACUUGAUAAAGGUGUAGUAUUACUUAUUGUCAAUUAGGUAAUUUGGUAGCCAAGGAUAUAUACAUGUAUAUGUUCAUUUCCUACAAAGUAUGUAUGUUAUUGUAUAUAUAUUUGUGUACGUAUGCUUAUGUUCAUGUGCACUAUUAAAUAUAUCCAAUCAAAAGAACCAAUCACUUUAUUAAUAUAAUUAAUUGUAUCCUGUGACAUAAUUCCAUGAGAAACACAUUAUGGAUGAAGUGUUUGCUGCAAUUAGAACUGACGACUGUAUUUAAGACAUUUUCAUUCUGAAAUCAAUUAUACUUGACAAAUGCAUUUGUUUUUUAAAUGUUUCAGUCAUGUUUGGAUUUAAUUUUUUCUUUUUUUUUUUUUCCUCAUUAUAUAAUUUUGCUAAUUUUACUGUUUCACCUUAACAUUUAACAUCUAGAAUGUGAGUUAAUACUUUGAGUGUGGAGUAAUUUUUGCUUGGUUUUUAAUUUUACUGAUUGGCAUGGCACAUUCAGGGAUUAAACAUUGACUAGGCAUUUGUGGGUUUUAAUCGUUGUUAAUGUAAAUUUAAGCCUUUGGAGUGUCUAGUAAAAGCUACUUAGCUGAAAAUAUAUCCAGCCUUUAUGUUUUGUGUAUUUGAGAAAAAGAUCUGCUAUUCAUUUAUCUAAUUUUAUUAAACUUCAAAAAUAAGCACUUCCACAGACAUCUGUCCAAGCUAUAUGAACUUGGUAAAAUGGAUUAAAAAAGAAUUAUAUUUCCUAUAUAAAUAUAUUUUGCUCAUCUUCCUAAUAAACUGCCUGUCUCAAAAAUAAAAGCAAAUGAAACCACUAAUUAUAAUCAUAGUAACAAUGAAUUCAUCAAUUUGAAAGAACAAUGUAAGAGUACAGUAAAAUUGGGCUGCACUGUUUCCAUGUCAUUUCCAUUCCAAAUCACUUUUUACUGUGAUAAUAAAAGUUUAGUGACAA